CGCCGGGGGUUCCCGCGCGCAAGCGUGAGUGCGCGGGAGCGCGCCGGCUCGGGGCUCCGAGGUUAGCGGCUCCGUUGUUGGCGUGGAGCGCCGAGAAGGAUGAGCUUCUCGGGUGUCCACUCUGCCGGUGCUCACUCGUCCCGUGGCCAACUCUCGCGCACCCUCUGGUGCUCGCUCGUCGCCUGCCGAACUUCUGCUGCUUCUCCUUCUCCUCCUUUGUGUGACCGGUUCGUCACAUUAUCAUUGUUGUGGUGGAGGUGGUGGUGGUGGUGGUGCGCGUCUUCCUGCUCUUCCUCCUCCCCGCGUGUGAUUGCGAGCCGCUCGGCGGAGGAGCUCAGGUCAUCUGCAGUUGCGGCGGCGAAGAAGAAGAAGGAGGAGAAGAAGAAGAAGGAGAAGAAGGAGAAGCAGGAGGAAAGAUGGCGAUCACCCACUAGCCGGAGCGGGCGCACGCAUGAGACCGACAACUUUGGAGAAGAAGGAGAAGAUUGUAGCGGUUUCCCUGAUUUUCCAGGGAGUGCUCCCCCCAUUUAGUGAUGGAGGUACUGCAAUGCGAUGGCUGUGACUUCCGUGCCGACUCCUAUGACGACUUGAAGAGCCACAUUCAGGAAGUGCACACGGUUUUCCUGCAGCCCGCCGACGCAGACGAUUCGGACUCGCUAAAAGACGAGGAGGAGGAAGACGAAGAAGACGACGACAGCGAUGACGUCAAGCAGGCGGAAGAGGCAACAGGAGCGCAGGAAACCGGAGACAAGGAUGACAAGAAUUGCACACUUCCUGAAGCUGGAAUGAGUCCCAACUCUGCCAACAGCUCCAGCAACCCAUCCCCAAAGCAAAGCGCCGACACCCAUUUGCUGUUUUACCAGUGCAAAUUCUGCAUCCGUUACUUCCGAUCCAAGUCGUUCCUGAGGAACCACACCAAGAAGGUGCACAAUGUUGUCGAGGAGGACGUGGUCGCACAGAUCUCCUCGCAGACGGACAAUUCCAAGGUGUAUUUAUGUCAGCAUUGCACCUACAAGACGCCGCGCAAAGCAAGGAUGAUAAAGCACCACAUGAUGUAUCAUAGGCAAGUUCCCUCGGGGCUCUCCGGGGUAGCCCCAGAGAGUGCCGAAGCUGACGAGGAGUCGUGCUCAUCCAGUGGCCUCACGAGAGGGACGUUAGCCUGCGAAUGGUGCGACUAUCAGACUGACGAGAAGGCGAGCUGGACUGACCACGUCGUCAAGGAACACGGCGACAAGGUCAAUAUAGUGUCCAGCAUUCCCAAGCCGCAAGGCGAUGCAUGCGCGAGCUCGCCUAAACCGCCUUCCCAGUCCCAAAGCCCAACUAGAUCAAAGACACCUCUAACCGAAGGAUAUGAGGAGUCAAUGGGAGAAAUGCUUGAAAACGCCUCGGCGCAGAUUGCUCCGGUCACACCCGUCAGUGCGGAAUGCUCCGUUUCGUCCAAGAGGCCCAACAGCGGCAGUGAGAUUGACUCCAACUUAUUAAAUGAAGAAGACUCAAGCAGCAGCUUGGAAGGUGAAGAUGAAGAGCUCGGCGAUAUAGACGAUCCCAAUUACACUGGAACGCUGUCAGCAGACGCGAAGCAGCUCUUAUCCGACGAAGACAAUAAGCUGUUGGAGACAAAGGGAAUACCGUUCAGGAAGUACCAAAACCGUUUCCAGUGUCCCUUCUGCUCCUUCCUCACCAUGCACAGGCGUAGCAUCUCGCGCCACAUUGAAAACAUUCACCUCUCUGGUAAAACUACAGUGUAUAAAUGUGAUGAAUGCCCGUUUAUAUGCACCAGUCCUCUGAAAUUAGGCACGCACAAACAGAGCCACAGUUCCUCCGACGGGGAGACCAUGGACCUCACAAGCGACAGCCCAGAAUCUCACAAUGAUAGCGUGACGGAGUCCAUCAACGGCGGCGGUACGGCCAAGAUGAAUGGAAAAAAGUCAACCAGCGUGUUGAAUGACCAGCAGAAUCCACACCGCUGCACACUCUGCAACUACUCCACCACCACUCUGAAAGGAUUGAGGGUUCACCAGCAGCACAAGCACUCCUACUGCGAUGACAUGGAUCCCACCGUCUCGGAAAGUCAGUUGGCCGACCAGCUGGACACCGAUGCGGCGGCCUCGCCAACCUGUCUACAAAAAACCCAGACCUCCAUCUUAGGGCUAGCCACCAAAAAGCCCUUAGUUGGCGGUAAACGCGCCAGGAAGUCCAUUAACGACUUGCCUUUGGAUUUGUCCUCGGUCAAAAAACGAACGAGAAUUGAUGAAAUUGCGAGCAACCUUCAAAGCAAAAUAAGCCAAAGCCAGCAGGAGCUGAUCAUAAAUCUCGAUGACGAGGACGCGGGCGACCGAAACAGCAACGCGGGGCGAAACCACGACGGCAAAAAUGCCGUCUUUGCGUACAACAUCCUGCAGCCUCACUCGAGGGAUUCAUCUCACAAGGGAGGCAGGAUAGGGAAAAGAAAAAGCAACCCUAAAUCAAAAGCCCGCAGCCUUGCGCUGUCCCCGACUCUUUCCGACGACAGUGAAAACAUUUCAGGUGAUCUGACCGAUAGUCGAGAGGCUACCCAAGAGAACAACGACUACUCCGGGGACCCUGGAAUGGCGCGUUUCUACUGUAAACACUGUGAUUACCAUAACAAGUCCGCUCGUAGCGUUAGCACCCAUUACCAGAGGAUGCACCCUUACAUCAAAUUCAGCUUUAAGUACAUCCUGGACCCUGAGGACCAGAGCGCCGUCUUUCGCUGCUUGGAGUGCUACAUUGAGUACACAAACUACAAUGACCUACAUCAACACUACAUGGACCACCACCCGGAAGCCAGCAACGUGCUCAACUUUAACCAGCCCGAUUUGGUGUACAUGUGUCGCUUCUGUUCAUACACCAGCCCCAAUGUGCGAAGCCUAAUGCCACACUACCAAAGAAUGCAUCCCACGGUGAAGAUCAACAAUGCAAUGAUCUUCUCCAGUUACGUGGUGGAGCAAUCGCACAAGUCCGGCGAAUCACAAACUCUAAGGGAGAUCUUAAACUCGGGCCCCAAAACGUUUAACUCGGCCUCGUCCACUCAGAGGUCAUCCUCAAGCCCGCUGCUUAAAACUACGUCGAAGACCCCCGAAUCAGGCACAGACACGAAUCCCCUCAAGGACUCCAUGGCCGGAAGUGUCGUCGUAUAUGAUUGCGACGUGUGUUCUUUUUCCAGCCCCAACAUGCACUCCGUUUUGGUCCACUAUCAAAAGAAACACCCUGAGCAAAAGGCGUCAUAUUUCCGCAUACAGAAAUCGAUGAAGGUCGUGGAUCAGCCCGUCGCCAACGCCUCGUUCAACUUAAACACAUCAACUACCCCCAAAAAAUCAACCGCGGCGCUGUACGGAUCAGACGAGGACAUGUUCUACUGUAAACACUGCGUAUACAGCAACAAAUCUGUCGUGGGUGUCUUGGUGCAUUAUCAAAAGAGACACCCCGAAGUCAAGGUGACGGCCAAAUACAUCAAACAUGGCGCACCCACCGCGGGCUUGCUCAAGCUAAUUGACGAAUUACAAAUCGCAGCACCGAAGCAGUUCCUGACGCAGUUCCCAAACAAUGGCCACGAUGGCUCCAACCACUCGAGCCCUAAACCAGGAAGUGGAGAAAAGUGUGAGGAUGAGCUUUUCUUCUGUCAGCACUGCGAUUAUGGCAACCGGACGGUCAAAGGAGUUCUCAUUCAUUACCAGAAGAAGCACAGGGAAACGAAAGCUAACGCCGACCUCGUGCGUCGUCAUACUGCCAUCGUCAGGAGCCAGCGGGAGCGCGCGCAGUCGAGCGGCGUCUCGUCCGCCGCCGUCACGGCACCUCCCGAGCCCGAAGACGCCGCACCCCUGCGUUCCUUGAAGUGCCGACACUGUCCUUACGCAUCCCCUUAUGUCUACGCCCUCAAGAAGCAUCUCAAGAAGGACCACCCAACCGCCAAGGCCACAGCCUUGACCAUUUUACUUUGGGCUUACCAAGACGGCAUUCUGGAGGCUGGCUAUCACUGCGAGUGGUGCAUUUACUCCCACACCGAACCCCAAGGCCUGCUUCUCCAUUACCAAAGACGCCACCCGGAGCAUAACGUGGACUACGCCUACAUGGCCAGUAAGCUGUGGGCUGGACCGGAGAGCACUCAACAAGGGGGGAACCCGGAAACAAAACAUUACAAAUGUCGGGACUGCGCCUUCGAGGCGUGUACGGUAUAUGACAUCACAAGUCACUACCAGGCAGUUCACCCCUGGGAGAUCCAAGGGGACGAAUCUGUGAUUUUGGAUAUUAUCAAUGAAAAAUCUUCGGUCGACAAGAUUCCUAAAGAACGCGCGUCGUUCGAUUGCCAAUCUGUCGAGGACGAGGGCGUUCUCUACAUCGCCACACCACCUCGAGAGAGCAACCCGCAGCCCGCUCACCCACGUUUAUCCCUUUCGAAUAAUCCCUAUCAGUGCACCGUGUGUCUGUCCGAGUACAACAGUCUCCACGGCCUCCUCACCCACUAUGGCAAGAAGCACCCCGGUAUGAAAGUCAAAGCGGCAGACUUUGCGCAGGAGGCGGACAUCAACCCUAGCUCCGUGUACAAGUGUCGCCACUGCCCUUAUGUGAACUCCCGCAUCCACGGUGUCCUCACCCACUACCAGAAAAGACACCCGUUGGUCAAAGUCACAGCGGAGGACUUUGCAAACGACAUCGAGCAAAUCUCAGACCCCAAUGAGCCAGAAGACAAGAACAAGACUCAGAGGCAGGGCUACGGCGCGUACCGGUGUAAAAUGUGCUCGUACACGCACGGGACACUGGAGAAACUCAAAAUCCACUACGAGAAGUACCACAAUCAGUCGGCCACCGAGAUUUUCACUCCCGGUUUGACGCAUUUUUCAGUCAGCCAACACACUGAGCCAGUCGCGGAAUGCAGCGCCAGUCAUACAUCAAACGCAGGGAAAGUCCAGGAGGUCACCGAUGUGGACUUCACCCUCUCACAGUUACCCAUCAAUAAGCCCGAGAAGCACGCCGUGUUCAAAUGUCAGCUUUGCAAAUACUUCUGCUCCACCCGCAAAGGCAUCGCCCGCCACUACCGUAUCAAGCACAACAAUGUCCGUGCUCAGCCCGAGGGCAAAAACAACGUCUUCAAAUGUGCGCUGUGUUCGUACACCAACCCCAUUCGAAAGGGCCUGGCAGCCCACUACCAGAAGCGCCACGAUAUCGACGCCUACUACACCCACUGUCUGGCCGCUUCCAAGACGAUGACCGAGAAACCCAACAAAGUCAUAUUACCGCCCCCCUCCGAGCAGGAGAAUUCGGAAAUGAGCGAAGAAGUCCGCUUGGCCGUCGAGAGGCGAAAGUGUUCUCUUUGUCCCUUCCAGGCGUUCAGCAGGAAGAGCAUUGUGUCGCACUAUAUUAAACGGCAUCCGGGUGUCUUCCCCAAGAAGCAGCACGCUAGUAAGCUCAGUCGUUACUUCACCGUCAUCUAUGCCAAAGAACCCGAGAAACCCGAGGACAGUCCGAUGGAAGUGGAGGACCAGGAGGCGUUGAAGGAUGGCCCCGAUUCGGAGCAGGACGGCGACUGGCUGCCAUUUAAGUGUCUCAAAUGCUUCCGGUUGUCCUUCAGAACUGGCCUGCUGCUGUCUAUGCACUACAACGACCACCACAGGGCGGACUUCAAGAGAGACUUUGCCGUCUCGCCGGACCCUGACGAUGACGCCGACGCCUCUGAAUCCUUCCAGUGCUCCCAUUGCGAGCUGAAGUUCUUUUCCCUCCCCGCGCUCGCGACGCAUCUGCUCAAUCACAACGAUGAAUUUCAGAAGCGGGCCACGAGGCACGAGAGGAGGCGUCAGCUUCUCAGCAAACACAAAGCGGCAGCUAUACCGGACAGCAAGUCUGAGAAGGAAAGCUCUGCAAACAAAGCUCCGAUAGGCUUCAGUUGUAACUUUUGCGUUGAGGUGCACACGACCAUCCGAGCCAUCUGCAAUCACCUGAGGAAGCAUGUCCAGUACGGAGAGGUCAAAGAGGGCCACGUCAAGCAGGAAAUCAGUGAGGUGGCCCUCACCGUGCCCUCGCAAAGGCUCGUUAACGGCGAUUUGGAGGGAGAUGAAACGGGAAACCUCCAGAGACCCGAGGACGGCGUGAAGGGCCUCGCCUCGCUCCCCGCGGCUUCUUCCGCCGUUGCUAUAGAAACGCUGGAACCAGACCUGGAUGCCAUCGAAGGGAGGUCCUCGACGCUGAAGCAACGGCUGGCGACGGGGGGCCACCCGUGCGCCCAGUGCGACCGGAUCUUUAUGUCCAUGCAGGGCCUCCGCUCCCACGAGAGGAGCCACUCUGCCAUGGCCAUGAUCAUCAGGGAGGACAAGUACAGCUGCCAGUACUGCCAGUUUGUCUCACCCUUCAGACACAAUCUGGACAGACACAUGCAGUCUCACCACGGCCACCACAAACCCUUCAAGUGCAAACUGUGCCCCUUUAAGUCUGCCUACGUGAGCCGCUUGAAGAGCCACCUGCACAAGGCACACACUGGCGAGCAACACACGUACAAGUGCUUGUCCUGCCCCUUCUCCUCCAUGACCAUCAGCCAGCUGAAGGAGCAUUCCUUGCGAGACCACGGCGAGGCCCUCACCCUACCCAAACUGCGGGCCGCCACGCAGGCCGCUCACUCCGCCCUCCGGACCCCCACCCGACCGACCGCAAAUGCAGAGCACAGCCCCUUGACUCCGGAAGACACCUCAUUCUGGGAGCCAGCUGAUGUCCGCGAGCAGCUCAGCAAUUACCAAAUCUCCUCCCGGAGUCACACGUCCCCCAGCGACCAUCGUCCCGACAGCAUCCUCACCUGCGAGUUCUGUGAGUUCAGCUCGGGCUACAUGCAGAGCCUGCGGCGACACUACCGGGACCGCCAUGGCGGCAAGAAGCUCUUUAAGUGCAAGGACUGCACCUUCUUCACCUGCUACAAGAAUACGUUCACCUUGCAUGUGGAGGCGGGCCACAACAACAACAGCAACAACAACGUGCCGGAGGACGUCCGGAAAGAGCUUCGCUGCCCUCUCUGUCUCUACCACACCAAAUACAAGAGCAGUAUGAUCGACCACGUUGUCCUGCACGGAGAGGAGCGCGUGGGUCCGCUGGAGGUGAAUCGCUCCAAGCUGUCGCGUCACCUCCAAGGCGUGGUGUUCCGCUGCCACAAGUGCACGUUCACGUGCUCCAGCGACCACGCCCUGCAGCUGCACCUGCACAAGCAUGACCUCAAGCCCUACCGUUGCCAGCUGUGCUACUACGACAGCCGCCGCCGAAGCCAACUGGAGGAGCACCUUCGCCUCGAGCACAAGGUCAUCCGGAACUUUGAGCUGAUGGGCCGCGUAAACUUGGACCAGCUGGAGAUGAUGGAGGAGCAGGAAAACAGCAGCAGUGACGAGGAGCAGGAGCAGCGGGAGGAGCCGGAGAUCGGGGAGGAGCAACGGGAGGAGGAAGAACAAGCGCAGGGCGACGGGAUGGAGAUGGCCGUAGAUGAAAGCGUCACUGCGGCGGCAGAUGAGGUUGAACGCAUGGAGGCGGAGGAGAACCCGGGAGAGGAGGAGGGAGGCGUGAAGGCGGACGAGCGGGAGGGCAGCAUCAAAGAGGAAGAGGAGAACGAGGAGGAGUUCAAAGAGGUGGAAGGAGAGGGGGCCGCACGACAAGAAGUCCUUGCUUCUCCGACCAGCAGCAGUAGCAGCAGCAGCUCUGGAGAGAAGCGUCUUCCCUGUGAAUUCUGUGGACGCUGCUUCACUAACAAUGUGGACUGGGAACGCCAUGUCCUUCGUCACGGCAUGACGGUGAACAAUAAUAGUCAACCGGACACCAGCACAAACUUGAACUUGGAGGCCUCGGCCUCAUCCUCCCUCUCUUCCACUUCCGUCGACACUGGACCGGAACUUUCCACCAACCGGGACGAGGAGCAGAACACUUUGACUCUUUCGCCGGGUCAGCACGCGGACGAUGCGGAGCUGCUUGACGCUAAAAAGGAUCAACAGUCGGGUUGACCCGAUUGGGACUUUUAGAGGAUAGGUUAAAACAGGACGUCUAAAAGAGCGCAUCAUUAGAUUGUAGGUGUUAUAAAUAUAUAUUCAAGUAUUAGGUUGUGCUGCUUUAAAAAAAAAAAAAAAAAAAAAAAAGCUGGCGGUCCCCUAGGACAGAUUUUAAUAUAUUGGUAACCAAUAGUGAACUUUAUUGCUGACAUUCUGGUCAAAAAGUACAGUGGAAGAUGCCACCUAUCUAUAUACAAAUUAUUUAUAGAGAAUGUUGUCCCAAAAUGAUUAUCCAAAUUGAGAGUAUUUGAAGCACCUUUGACACUUACACAUGGAAAAAAAAAACAAAAACAAACAAUGUAGAGAGCUACCUUAUCUUUUUUCCCAUUCAAGCCUUGUGUUACAACGUGUAGUCUGGCUCACACCUUAUCCAGUUUACUACUAAUCCUCAUUGGUACAAACGAUUGACUUCCCCAUGUUUUGUAGCAAAUUGCUAUCUUUAGAUCCUCUAUGAUGUAAUGAUUAUACUACGUAUAAGCCUUCAGUCCCUAAUUGUCUGGACGAUGCAGUUUUAAACGGUACUAAGUCCAAAGUGUCGUAGUCCAUCACCACAAAUGUGGGAAGCAUCAUAAUUGCAGACCCAAAUACAGACACAAGUGCAACCUUAACAAAAGCCAAGGUUUUUUUUAAAUUAUUUCAUUUCAUCGAUCGCCCCUUUAUUUUUCCCGUGUCAUUGUUGUCCACGUUUGUGCUUCUUUUCAAUCAUAGAAAACAAGAAGGAAUAGAUUGUAUUUGUGUUGAAAGUUGCUGCUUGAAUGCCCUAAGCCUUAUGAUGAGGAAAAAAAAAAAUCGAAAUCAGACGUUCGUCAAAUGCCCAAAUUAGUGCUGUUACGAAGAAAAAAAAAUAAAUAAGCGCCUUUGAGAAGUAUUUUCAUGUGUCAUCCAACUAGCUGUCGAGCCUGCUGUGUUGCGCUGCUGUUGAUGUCUUUGUCGUCAACGGACAAAAGGGAAAGUCCAAAUGGCAUCCGUGUAUAAAACUACUCGUUAUGUGUUUGAACUGUGGUCUUUCGAAAAGGAUACGAUAAAGCACCCCCCCCCCCUCAGAGUUGACGCAUCCCAGACUUGCUGUACAAAUUCCGUUAACAAUGCGGAAAGGAAUUGCCCUAGGAACUAUGUUUGAGUUAAUUCAGUUGCUUUAAACAACAACAAACCAUCCAUCCAUUAUCCGAGCUGCUUCUCCUCACGUGGGUCAUGAGUGUUCUGGAGCCUAUCUCAACUGUCUUGGCAGUAGGCAGGGAACACCCUGGAACCAGCAGCAAAAUAUUGAAAUACUGGCAGUGUGAAAAGGGUUCUACAACACGUCCACGUAAAUCUGUUAAGGCUUUGAUACAACCUCUGAAGGUAGAAAAUAGCUUGGAUGAUUUUGUACCCCUCAUUCAUUGCUUGAAAGCAACAGCGGAACAAUACAAUGGCUGUUAUUGGCGCACACCUUCCCAUCGCCGUUAGGGCUCUGCUCUGAUACUACCUCCAAAGGCGGAAAAUGGCCCGGCUUGAUUUCCUACACCUUUCCAUUCGUACAGCAUAGCUGCUUCAUGAGUUAUCCCGUUAAGUCAGUCACCCGAGAAUCCGGUUGCCGCUAUCCUAGACAUUUGUAUCUGUGCCCAUUCAUCCGUAGUUUGCAGAGCGUGGAUGUGGCAACCUGUCUGUCCUCUUACUCGACAUAAGUGUAGCGAUCUGGUCGAUGCCGAGUUGUCAUCUCCCACUUGGACCUCCUCCCAUUGUUAAAACCAGAUGCCGGGACAAACUUGGAAUUUGAGGCUCUCCAAGCUUUUUUUUUUUUUUUUGGGGUGGUUUUGUAUUGAUAUUGAAUAGUUUGUGACUAUGAAUCUCAUUCACUGUGUCAUCACAGUCUCGUUCUGGCUGUAAGAAAAUAAAAUAAAAAAUAAACCUCCUGCUUGACCCAAAGUUGAGUCCCUGCUGAGAACACACUGGAUAUAUACUUUGUACAUGGUUUUGUUUUGUUUUUUAGGUUUACACUAGAAUCAGUCCUAUGCCGUUUUCCCCCUAAAUCCCUGAUAUGGUGGGUUGUGAUCGUUGCCUAGGAUGAUUGUUUACAAUUUGAUUCCAUGUUAUCUCCGGAUAUUCUGUACAUAUUGUAAUUCAUUGUCUUUUUUUAACUUGAUAAUAAAGUUAUCAGAUAACGCUCA